AUGGCUGCUGAUUGGGGUCCGGUGGUUAUAUCAGUGGUGCUAUUUGUUCUACUAAGUCCAGGGCUUCUGUUCCAGCUACCUGCUAAGGGGAGAGUGGUUGCUUUUGGAAGCAUGCAAACAAGUGGUAUCUCUAUCUUGGUCCACACCAUCAUCUUCUUUGGACUCAUUACCAUUUUUCUACUUGCUAUUGGUGUCCAUAUCUACUCAGGAUAA